GGUGAAUGUGGGGGAAGUCGCUCUGCGGUGUCCGGAUGUGGACGUGGCACAACGCUGCAGCAGUUCCGCUGAAUGUCUGCUUCUGAUUCCAAGGAGGGAUUAGUGAGAAACACUCCGGGACGACAUCGGCUUCAUAGUUUGUCGGCCACCGGGUUUCACAGUUUGUCCCGAUCAGAGGGUAGCCUUACUAUUUACAACACUUCGGAGAUUUAGUGAUGAACUGAGGAUGAAUGUAAACCAGCACACUCCAAUGGCCUCUCCAUAUGGCCAGCCCCAGCCUGGCUACGGCCAGCCUGGCUACGCACCCCUGGAUGGGGGAUACCCUGCACCCUACACACCCUACAACGGCCCUGCUUCAGCCUACCAGCCUGGGGCUCCACCACAAGGUUAUUCUCCUUUCACAAGCUUUCCCACUAAGGCUGUGGCUGCAAACCCAGUCUCUGACCUCUCCUCUCCUCUUGACUUAGGUCCUGCCCGGGGUCCUCCCUCCUCAGGACCCCCUCCAGUCUCAGCGCCUCAACCAUAUAAUCAGUACAGUCACAGUCUAGGGGACAUACAGAAUGGACCCCCACCUAUGACACAGGCACCACCCAGGCCUGCUGCGUCUCAGCCGUACAACCAGGGAGCUGUGAACCUGUCAGGGCCACACCCCUCCUAUCCCCAACACUACGCGGCCCCACCCGCAAUGCAGCAGGUCACUAACCAGAUGACUGGGAUGCAGAUCAGCUCUGGACUGCCAACCCCCGCAGGGCCAGGAUAUGCUCCACCUCACAGCUCGCAGCCUCCUGCCAUUACCGCCUACUCAGCUGCACCUCCGCCCUCUUACACCCAAGCCCCUCCCCCUCCGUCCUCUGCUCCGACCCAACCACCACCUCUCAGUGGCCCUGUAGCUUCUCAGCAAUACUAUGGAGGCCCACCACCACCUUCUCAACAGCCAUUCAACUCUUCUCUUCCCCCUACCUCUCAACAGCAGUUCACCUCUUCUGCACUGCCGCCUCCUUCCUCUCAGCAAACCUUUCCUCCAUCGUCCUACUCAGGUCCUGUGCCUCCACCCAGCCAAGCUCCUGCUCCCCCAGUGUCUCAGCCACAACAGCCCUUCCCUCCAACUCAGCCUCCCUUCUCCUCAGCACCUCGACCUGUCAGCCAGCCUACCUUCGUCUCCGGCCCGCCGCCCCCUGCCCAGGGCUCCUUCCCACCGAGAGCACCCCCUCCUUCCUCUCAACCGGGGUCUUUUCCUCCUGGUCCUCCUCCAACCUCAAUUUCCUCUGGCCAGUACCCAGGCCCCAUGCCACCCCAACAGCAGCCCCCUCCAUCCCAGCCAUCCCCUUACCACUCAGGUCCCCCUCCUCCCAGUGUUCAGAUGCCUCCCACUUCCAUGGCCCAGAGCAACCACCUGCCUCCAGGACCACAAGGCCCACCAGGCCCUCCUGGGCCCCUGCAGCAGCCUCCAACUCAGCCUGGCAUGCAGGGAGCAUACCCUCCUCAGCAGAAUGGUGCAUUUGGGCAGGUAAGAGGCCCUCAGCCUGGCUAUGCAGGCCCUUAUCCCGGGCAACCAAACUACGGAGCCCCUGCACCGGCCCCUGCUCCCCCUGCACAGAAAAGACUUGACCCAGAUGCCAUUCCUAGCCCGCAAGCGUCUGACAUGCCGGCUGUGCAGAAAUCAAGACAUAGAAUAGAUCCAGACGCUAUCCCCAGCCCAAUCCAGGUAAUAGAGGAUGACAAGGCUAAGAGCACUGAGCCAUUCACCACAGGGGUCAGAGGUCAGGCCCCACCGCUGGUCACCACCGAUUUCCAGGUCAAAGACCAAGGGAAUGCCAGUCCCAGGUUUGUCCGCUGUACGGCCUACAAUAUGCCUUGCACAGCCGAUAUGGCCAAGCAGUCUCAGGUGCCACUGGCCGCCGUCAUCAAGCCCCUCGCCACACUGCCGCCAGAUGAGACCCCUCCGUACCUGGUGGACCAUGGCGAGGGUGGUCCAAUCCGCUGCAACCGUUGCAAGGCCUACAUGUGUCCAUACAUGCAGUUCAUAGAGGGAGGUCGCCGCUUCCAGUGUGGCUUUUGCAGCUGCGUCACAGAGGUGCCUCCAAAUUACUUCCAGCAUCUGGACCACACUGGUAAGAGGGUGGACUGCUAUGACAGGCCAGAGCUUUCGCUGGGCAGCUACGAGUUCAUGGCCACUGUCGACUACUGUAAGAACAACAAGCUUCCUCAGCCUCCAGCCUUCAUCUUCCUUAUCGAUGUGUCCUACAACGCUGUGAAGAGCGGCAUGGUCAACAUUGUCUGCCAGGAACUCAAGACUCUAGUAGACUAUCUGCCCAGGGAGAACCCAGAAAUUGACUCUGUGGUGCGGGUGGGUUUUGUCACCUACAACAAGGUCUUGCACUUCUACAACGUAAAGUCGAGCCUGGCCCAGCCCCAGAUGUUGGUGGUGUCAGAUGUAUCAGACAUGUUUGUGCCCCUGCUCGAUGGUUUCCUGGUCAACGUAAACGAGAGCCGGCUAGUUAUUGAGAGUUUGCUGGACCAGAUCCCAGAGAUGUUUGCAGACACCAGGGAGACAGAGACUGUUUUUGGACCCGUCAUACAGGCGGGACUGGAGGCACUCAAGGCUGCAGACUGUGCAGGGAAGCUGUUUGUGUUUCACACUUCUCUGCCUAUCGCAGAGGCUCCUGGAAAACUAAAAAACAGAGAAGACAAGAAGCUGAUUGGGACAGAUAAGGAGAAGUCCCUGUUUCAGCCCCAGGUGGGUUUCUACAACACUCUGGCUAAGGAGUGUGUAGCCCAGGGCUGUUGUGUGGAUCUCUUCCUCUUCCCCAACCAGUAUGUGGACGUUGCCACGUUAGGGGUGGUUCCUGUCUCUACUGGAGGUUCUAUAUACAAAUACACCUACUUCCAGGCUCAGUCGGACAGGGAGCGGUUCCUGAACGACCUCAGACGAGACAUUCAGAAACUAGUAGGGUUUGAUGCCGUCAUGAGGGUGCGAACCAGCACAGGUAUCCGAGCGACAGACUUCUUCGGCUCCUUCUUCAUGAGCAACACCACAGAUGUGGAGCUAGCAGGCCUGGACUGUGACAAAGCCAUCAUGGUCGAGUUCAAACACGAUGACAAGCUCAGCGAGGAGACGGGGGCACUCAUGCAGUGCGCCGUGCUGUACACCAGCUGCAGUGGCCAAAGGCGUCUCCGCGUCCACAACAUGGCAGUCAACUGCUGCUCUCAGCUGGCUGACCUCUACCGCAACUGUGAGACCGACACAAUCAUCAACUUCUUCUCCAAAUAUGCUUUCCGUGGCAUCCUCAACAACCCCACUAAGGCAGUGAGAGACACUCUGAUCAACCAGUGUGCUCAGAUUCUGGCCUGCUACCGAAAGAACUGUGCAAGCCCUUCAUCGGCUGGUCAGCUGAUCCUGCCAGAGUGCAUGAAGCUGCUCCCGGUCUAUCUGAACUGCGUGCUGAAGAGUGACGUGCUGCUGCCGGGAGCUGACGUCUCGUUGGACGACCGUGCUUACCUGAGGCAGCUGAUCAGCUGCAUGGACGUCGCAGAGAGCCACGUCUUCUUCUACCCCCGCCUGCUGCCACUGACGAAGUUGGAAAGCGGGUCGUUGCCAUUGGCGGUGAGGGACUCGGAGGAGAGGCUGUCUAAAGGCGGAGUUUACCUCCUGGAGACGGGAAUUCACCUCUUCCUGUGGGUGGGAGCCAGCGUUCAGCAGGAGCUGCUGCUCAACAUCUUUGGCACGUCGAGCUUCAGCCAGAUAGACCCGAGCAUGACAAAUCUGCCAGUGCUGGACAACCCCUUCUCUCAGAGACUCAGAGAGAUCAUCGACUCUUUCAGAGCACAGCGAUCACGAUACAUGAAGCUGAUGGUGGUGAAACAGGAAGACAGAACCGAGCUGGUAUUCAGGCAUUUCUUGGUCGAGGACAAGAGCGCCAGCGGGGGAGCGUCAUAUGUGGACUUCUUGUGUCACAUGCACAAGGAGAUCCGCCAGCUUCUCAGCUAGGCCUACAAAUUCCCACCUUCAUCUGUAUGGCCCCUUCCACCCCCAGGUUAAAAUAAAGCUCUCCUUGUUGUCAGUUGAGCAUCAGAGACCAGCUGGCAGAUCUCGUUGUGCGUGUGCGCGUGCGCGUGUGUGUGUGUGUCUGUGUGUGUUAGAGUGAGAGAGAGAGAAUCUGAUGUUAAUAGAGCUUUACUCUGCCUCAAAUCUACUGCUCCAACACAGCAGGAGCGAAAUAACUGACAAGGGAGGGUAAUGUAUAUACACAAGUGAACAAUUAUGUAUGCAACAAACUGAGUGAGUGACGGAGAGGGCUGAUGUUGACUGUAGUUGGUGUACUGUCUGUAUUACUAGCACUGAAAGGCUGUUUUGGGUGCAUAAACGACCCUCAGAUAGCAAACACUUUUUAUAUGAUUGAAUCCUAAUAGAGUGAAGGACAUCUACAUACCAAGACAUAAAUGGAAUUAAAUAAAUGCUGUUCUUUCUGUCUCUUCUCUCCUUUAAUCAUGGCCUUAGUACCCCCUCCCCAUGCUGCUCCAAUCAUCCAUAAUGUGUGUGUUUCCAGAUGUGAGAGGAUUAGUUGCCCACUGCCCAAUUAUUAUUUACUGGCGUGAGCAUCCGAAUAUAAGCCUAGUUCAACAGCUCAAACUGGAGUCUGAUGACCUUUUACCUACAGAAAGCAUUUAAAAAGUUUCUUGAAAUGUAAAAUCUGGUUUUAGUGUCCACAAGUAAACUGAAAAUAAAGGUGCACAUGGCUGCUGUGACUGAUAACCAGUUAUUACAGUAAUUGGUAUAAUCCAGAUUUGUUUAAAUCGGCUUCAGUUGACUUUUCCUUAUUUACUGCGAACAUAUGGCUCAGAUGUUUGGUCACUGGUGAACCAGAUCAGCAUUUCAAAUUGCUGUCAUGAUUCUGUUACAAGAGGAAGCUUUCUUAAGUUCAAAGUCUAUGCAGUAAAGAGAAAGGCCAGACACAAUAAAAUAAAGAAUAAUAGAAAAAAUACAUCAGAAGGUGUGAACUUUUGAUCGCCACAUCACAGCGAUAGGAAAUGAUUAGUUUCUGUGGAUGACUGUCUGUUGAUGACGUGUAGUGCCGCAGACUUUAUAUUAAUCAAACUUUUUGAUGUCCAAAAUUGUACAAAAAAGCAAUUUCCAGCAGACAGAAAUGAGCACAGAAUGACGGCAGAUAAAUGGGCAUCAGUUAAUAUUUGCUAAUUUUGAGUUGUCUCCGCACUGGCAAUGUUCAGUGUGUAAAUAAAAUAUAUAAUCUGUACAGAAUUAAUAGAAAAUAACAAUUUUAAAGACCUGCUUGAACAUCUGUGGUUUGUUGAUGGUUGGUUUCUCUGUCACCAAAAGCCUAAAUAUAAAAUCAUGGCUUUUACUGAAGAGAGGACGACGCCUUGACUGGCUUUUUGAUGUGUGUGUGUGUGAAUGUGUGUGUGAAUGUGGUGUCGGUCCUGGUGAAUUUCUCCUGAGGAACAGAGGGAUCAGCCAACACACACACACACUACCCAUGAGAUUAAAUUCAGACUUCUUCAUUUAUCACUUUCUGUUCCUUUUUUAACAAUGUGACUUUUGUGUGUGUAUGGUGUGUUUGUGUAGCCCUCUGUUCUGUCUUUAUGUUCACUGGCGUUGAUUGGCCCACCGUCUUGACUGUAAUCUUAAUUUCUGUUCCUUUUUUUUCUUUGAUUUGUUUUUUUUUUUCAUUGCCUCUUGGGACUGCUAAUAAAAUGAUUGUUUAAAAUUAA